AUGAUACUAAUCGACAACCAGAAGUUCGCAUGCUCUGCAUGCAUCAACGGACAUCGCUCUUCUUCGUGCCACCACACUGAUCGCCCGUUAUUUGAGAUCAAGAAGAAAGGCCGGCCAAUAACACAGUGUGCACGGUGCCGAGAGCUACGCAAGACGAGAUCCUACCACUCGAAAUGUUUGUGCGACAAACCUGCCGCCACGCAAAACGAUAACCAGGUAGAUGCAAGUACCGAGGAGAUUCCGGGAAGUAAACGCAAGAAGUCAUCGAGAACUGCUCCGGCUGUACCUUCACUGCCAAACGGUAUCCGAGACAUCCUCGAUAAUAAAAAACCAAACGAUUCGGAACAAAAGGAAGAAUCUCGCAAGCGCUUCAAAGCCAUGCUUAACCCAUGCAAUUGCGGCUGCGAUGAUGCCAAGCGUUGCCGAUGCAACGGUGAAGAUCUUCUGGGUCCUAUUCAAAACCAAGCACAGGGUGGUUCAUGUUGUGCUGAAACUUCCACCUCCGUCGAAACCGAACGGCGCGUUAGCCCAUCCCGCAGACUACUACCCAAGCCAAAGAAAUCAAUACCGCCAACUAAUAAUCGUCAAUCCUCCCAAACUACUACCCCCAUGCCAGGUAGCUGCUGCGCCCCCAAACAUUCGCAACUCGAACUAUCAUCAAAUCAUCAUGGUGCUUCUAUCUUUAUCAAGCCCCUAAGUCUCCCCUUGGAUUCUGCAGGCCCGUCUCUACUCCCCAGUAUCACCACAUGGUCAACGCCUACAUCCAUUCCGACUUUGAAUAAGCAUGUUACUACAACAAUGGACAGCUGCGGAUGUGGCGAAGGCUGCGCUUGUGCAGGGUGCGUGGAACACCGUGGUGCCGUCGCCGCUGCGGCUGCUAUCGCCGCAGGACAUCAUAGCUGCCCGGACCGAUGCGGAACUUGCCAGGAUUUAUCUUCUACAAACAUGCAGGUCUCGAGUCUCACAGGACCCUCUGUCUCUGACGAUAAUUCCAUCGAAGGCCUCCUUGCGCGUGCGAUUGCCAAGCUUCCCCCUCCCCCACCAGGCCAAUUGAGUGUGUUCCAAUCCCAGUCCGGAGGGGAGAGGGUAGCUUUAGUUGUUCUACCACGUGCAGACAAUUCUAACGGUCUUGUAUCCGCUCCGCGCUCGUGCUGCACGCCCACUGUGUCAACGGUACUCCCAACUAACUCAGUGGCACCAAAGCUUAUGCUCCCUCGAAGUCUGAAAAAGCAAACUGCCGGUCAACGGCGCCAAGUGCGCUCCUCUUCUCCAUCAGACGAUGGCCUCACAGAUGCAGAUGCGGAAGGCGAAAGCGAUUCUGGCGAGCUGGAAAUUCCCGUCACUGGGUUGUUGGGCAGACAAACAAAGAGUUGGGCCUAUGCGCAGCUGGAUAUCGAUGUCGAUUUGGAACUUGGCCUAGCCGCAGACGCUAUUGGUAAAUAA